AUGCGCCCGACGCGCCUGCGCGCGCCGCCCGACGCCGCGCUCGUGCUCGGCCGCCUCGAGACGCGCGAGGGCGGGUGCUUCGACGUCGUCGCGACGCGCGCCGCGGGCGCGCGCGCCGCGUUUCCCCCACUCGCGACCGCGACGUCGUGCGGCGACGCGGACGCGGACGACGCCGACGCGCGACGACGCUUCGCGCUGCGCGUCGACGGCGCCCCCGACGCGAUCGUCCUGACCGUCGCCGCGCGCGAUACCCCCAACUGCGUCCUCGCGCGACGCACCGUGCGCCUCGCGGAGGCGACGCGCGCGGGCGCGGAGCUGCGACUGACGCUGCCGUCCGCCGCGGCCGCGUGCGCGCCGUCGCCGUUCCUCCUCCCGUUCGCGCUCGCGCCGUUCGUCGCGCUCUUCGCGGCCGCGUGCCUCGCGAUCGCGACGCUCGCGAUGCGCGGCGUCGCGACGACGCCGCGGAUCCCGCCGCGGACGCCGCGACGGCCGGCGGCGCUCACGGCGGACGCCGCGGCCGCGCCGUCCUCGCGCGAACUCUCGCGACGCGAAGAGGGGUUCCUUCGCACGCCCUCGGAGGACGACGACGACGACGACCUGUGCUGCGCGCGACCCGGCGGGUUCCUCGACCCCGACGCAUGCGACGUCGACUGGGCGAUCCACGCGAGGGUCGUCCCCGGGCUGACGCGCGUCGAGGCGGACGACCGCGAUCUCGUCGCCGCGUGGCUCUCGUCGCCGCCGAACGCGCCCCCGGGUCUCCGGACGCGCGAGCAGUCGCCGUGGUCCGGGACUGAGAGCGACGACGACGACGACGACGACGACGACGACGAGACGACGGAGACGACGACGGUCGCGGAGACGGAGGAGGAAGGCGAGGCGUCGGGGGUCGUCGCGGCGACGGAGAGCGUCGGCGGCGGCGGCGGCGGCGGCGGCGGCGGCGACGGCGACGGCGGCGGCGACGGGCUCGAGUGCGACGAAACCCUCAGUCGCGAGGACUCUCCGUCGACGGCGCCGACGGAGCGACGACGCGCGGGGCGCGGGGCGAGGAGGCUCCGCGGUGGUGGUGGCGCGCGACGACAACAACAUGAAACGCAUCCGCCGUCGCCGUUUCAACUGCACAUGUGGGGCCGUCACCGCGACGAGGACGCGAAGCACAUCCUGCUCGACGUCUCGCGCUGCGCGAAAUUCGUCGGCGCGAAGCUGAUGAUGUUCACGCGCGGCUCUCUGUGUCAGAUCACCGGGCUGCCGCUGCGUCGCGAGGCCGCGAGCGCCGCCGCGCGGUGGUCGCGGAGGACGGAGACGGGGACCGCGGUCUCGGACGCGGAGACGAUGGAUUUCGGAAGGAUGACGUUCACCGCGAGAGAAUCGCACCUGUCGCGGACGCGCGCCGCCGCCGCCGCCGCGGACGCCGACGACGCGAGGUACGCCGCCGCCGCGGCCGCGGACGGCGCGUUCGAGCGCGCGAGAGACGCCGCGGCGCCGCCGGCGACGACCGCCGGCGCGACGUCCUGGUGGACGAGGGAUCGCACCGGGAGAUUGACGAAGGAUGACGACGACGCGGACGCGGUCGGAGAAUAA